UUUAGGCGAACUUAUCUGGGAGACCUUUUGGCGGCGCUGAGGGCGUUUUUCCAUCGAUUUUCCUGCCAAAACUGCAGAUAAGUCCGGACUUACAUGCCGGAUUUUGGGUGGAGGUACGCAUGCAUCCCGUCAAGGUGGGCAAAGAAGAUGGUCUGCGAAAGGGUCAACAAAGAUAAUUUCUUGUACAAGACUGUCCACAAGAAUUUGACUUGCGAAAAGAACUGCGGCACGAUGCUACAAAUGAAAGAGAAUUUGGGCAAAUAAUGAAGAAUAUUACAAAAGCGACUGAGCAAGUGAUAAAACAACACCGACUUCGUUUCUCUAUCCGUAAACCUU